GCCACGAUUGAGGAGAUGCUCGGGCAGCACGGACUCUCGGACGCCAACGUAGUGCGGGUACCCAUCGGAGAAGAGAGCAACGAAGCGGAAGUGAAAGAACCAGAGCUGCUGAAGUCAUCAGGGGCUGGAGGAGAACCGACUGUGCGAGACUUCCAGUCGCUCGUGGACAGCCUCUUGUGA